CCGCGCUCGUAUCGCUUCGAGAACACGCCGAGCCGAACAUGAGCGCUCUUCAUAACGCCAUCGGUGCAUUUGCUACACCGACCGCGGCCUCGGUCUCGUCGCGCUCGCGGAGUUCGCUCGCGUCGUCGAAGCCCCGGAUCGGGCGCCGCCUCGGCCGAUCGCCGAUCGCGACGAGCGCGAAGCUGCAGGACGGCCAGCUCGUGACCAUUCACUACGUGAUGACGAUAGGUGAUGGCUCCGUCGGGGAUGACACGCGGAAGAGAAACGCGCCCGCGACGAUCCCGCUCGGGCAAGGGAACCUCUUCCCCGUGCUCGAGGAGGGGAUAAAAGAGAUGAAGGAGGGGGAGAAGCGCAAAUUUGACAUCGCCGCCGCGGACGCGUUCGGCGAGGCGGCGGAUCCGAACAAGAUACAAAAGCUUCCCGCGUCCCCGGAAGAGUUGGAGACGUUGAAGGCGCAGGUGCAAGUGGGUCAGACGGUGCAGUUACCCGGAGGCGCGAUGGCCGUUUGCGUCGCGAUAGAGGAGGACGGAAUCGUGCUCGACAACAACCACCCGCUCGCCGGGCAGGACCUGACUUUCGAGAUCGAGCUCGUCAAGGUCUCCGCCGGGCCGGAGCUGUUCGGCGUCCCCAUCGUCCCCUUCGACGUGAACAAGCUCGUCAUGAAGAAGUGAGCGGACGGCGCGACGGCGUGAACGGCGGUGGCUGACUACGACCGCGGUAGUUUUG